CAUUACAGGAAAACAGGAGAAAUUCAAUCAGAAAGCAGAUCCCUCCUACUUAGAGCCAGGUGAACUCAGUCAUCUGCUGCAACAGCAGAGAGCUACAGCUGGGUUUCGGAGGACGAUACCUGAACUUACAGACGGAAACCACGACAACCGUCCCUCUGGUGUCAACAGUCUCAGUGACUCUCCUCCUCCUCAACACCCACAGAAUCCAGUUGCCAUGGAGAUUGGUCCCUCACACACAGAAACACACCUGGAGGAAGAGAACCUGUUUAGCUGUGACAGCCAGGAGACGCAGGAAGUCCCAGAGCUUCCAAGAGAGGGAGGAGCUACUGAGAACCAGGAACCAAAGGAAUGUGAAUACCUUGUUUUUGAAACUGAAGCAGAGAAGGACAGCGAGGAAGAGGUUGGUGGGAGAGGAGAGAUUGAGGGAGAAGAUGACAGAAGAGGGGAGGUGGAAGGAGAAGAAGAUGGGAGAGAAGUAGAAGGUGUUCAGCAAGGAGGAGAGGGAGGACUGGAAGAAAGAGGGAGAGAAGGUGAUGAAAAGGGCGAAUCAGAACCUGAAGAUCUGGGAAAGAGAAGGAGAGGCUGA